GACUUUUUAAUAUUUUCAGUUUGCUGUUAUUUGAGAAAAAUCAUCUUGAUAUCAGUACCAGAUCUAGGAAUUCAUGAUGUCCGGAAUGCAUCUUUUGUACGAUGAAGAUAGUUCACAUGAGGUUUCACCAUCGAAAAGACAGAAAACUGCUGGAACCAGGAGCGAUGACUUCGAGAACAAAUUGACGUUACCCGUUGCUCUUGAGCUCGGCGAAGAAUCUCGAGAUCUUGAAUUCAAACUUCUAACAGAAUGUCUCACCUCAUCCAAAUGCGAUAUUGCACAACCAGCAAAAUGUCAAUGUCGCUACUGUUUCUAUUCCAAAUACGGACACGUAGUUUUUGUACCGCACGACAGUCAUCGAGAUGGCGAGAAAGGUCCUGGAGAAAAAUGCGCAGAUUGCAUUAGUGUUGAAAGGACAGUGAGAGGGCAGUAUGCAAUCGAGAUCUCAGAUCACUUGCCCUUGUCGCCCGAAGUCCGACAUGAUCUUGCGUGUCAUUUCCGGGUAAUCAGAGAAAUUUUAAGCAAGAUGUUUUCGACCAAGAUUGCGGAAAUGAGAAAAAAUAUAGCGCGCGUGAAAAUCGAAAGUAUGCCUAUCUUACAGGAAGAAACUUCGAUGUUGCAGAAAGAAAUCAAGGCAAUUAGUAGCCAGAUGAGUGAUCUAGAAAUGGAAAUAGAAGGUAUAUUCACUACUGUGAUGAGAACUGGAGAAGAUAUAUCAGGGGCGGCGAAUGGCUCGUCAAUACUGCUGAAAGAAAAUAUGCCGACACUUGUGCAUCUGCAGAAGGAAGAUGCUUCGGCAGUUUCUCCUAGAGCGGGUUUUUUAGAGGAGGAAAUAAAGAGAUUGCAGACUGAAAACGCGACAUUGGAGACGAAGAUACAGCAGUUUCAAGAAGAAAAGAGCAUGAGAAGUUUCGGAACCCAGAGUGUCCCCAUAAAUUUCUUUACCUCGAAACGGAAAUUAGAUUCAUAAACAAGGGGCUGAAAAACAAUCCAUAUUGAGGCAGAGAGAAAUAAAAGUAUGAUUCAUAUAAACACUUGUUGCAGGCUUGGCAAGAGCUUUGGUAUACGUUCAGAGUACUGAAAUACGCA